AUGAGUGGAGUUCAGAAAAAAAAUUGCAUAUUUGGCUGUGAUAGCUUAGCUAUCCAAAAUGUACCUCUCCAUCGAUUUCCAAAUCCCGAUAUGCGCCCCGCAUUAUUUACUGCUUGGGUGACUGCAGUUGGUGAGAAUAUUGGUGAAAACAAAACUCAAAAAAUUUAUAAGAACAAGAGAAUAUGUGAUCAUCAUUUUGAGACGAAGGUUUAAGCCGAAGACGAAGAAGUCAGCUGUACCGACAAUUUUCGAUCGUGUGAAACAAUCUAUAAAUAUUUUAGUGGAUAUUCAACAUAACUACUGUCAUUCUAGAAGGGAAUCUUCACAUUCUACACUUUUGUCCAAUGUAA